AUGGUAACCCCUAUUCGAUUUCAUGUUGUGGUCGGUUCCAUAUUCGCAGUGACAGCAGCAAUCGAGUACGCGCGUACAGGUCGCCCCAACCCACUUGGUCCUCACCUCUCAACAAACACGGCGCUAGCUCUGUCAAUUCUGGCCUUCAUCUCAGGCCAAUGGAAUUUUACUCGCCCAGGCUGGCAUUCUCCUCUUGUCGUCGGCCUUGCUUUCUGUACUCUCUACUUCGUCAGUUUUGUGCGUCUGCAAGCGGAGCAGGGGUAUGGGUAUGAAAGCGCCUUGUUCGUCUCUAUCCUGCUGGCUAUAGGCUUUUUGCCUCGGACUGCCGAGCUGAUUGGAAGACCGCUUCCUAAAGAGUAUUGUGCCCUUGGCAUGUAUGGGACAGUAAUUUUUGGAAAUGGCAUUCAUUUCUGCCUGGGGUUGGGCCUCUCGCUGUCUCUUGUGCUGUGUGCGGCUAGUGAUGACGCUUAUCGCUACUAUAAAGCCAAAAAAACUGUUGUCUAA